AUGGCUGCUACUCGUGUCGAUAUCGAUGGAUCUUCCUUUGAAGGAGGGGGAUUGCUGCCUCCUGGAACGUUUCGCCUGAUUCACGAAGAUGAAUCAGAGCUUCACGGCCAGAGAGCUGUCCUGCUCGAUCCAGUGCCGUCCAAUGAUCCCAAUGAACCCUUGAACUGGAGUGUCACUCGUAAGGCAGUGAAUUUUACUAUCGUUCUGGGAAUGACAGUCAUCAUCUUUACAGCACUCUCGAUCCAAUCAAUCUUCUGGCAACAAAUGGUCCUUGACCUCAACGUCACUUAUACACAGCUCAACCAAAGCAUGUCAGUCAAUUCUGUUGGAUUAUCAUUUGGCUGCGUGCUAUUCAUUCCUUUGGCCAAGAAGUUUGGCCGGCGUCCGGUAUACAUAGUAUCAACUGCUAUCAUGUUAGCAGCCUCGUUUUGGACUUCCAGAAUUGAGAGUCUCGCAGAGCUCUACGUCACAAAUCUGCUGCAGGGAUUGGCAGGUGCAACCAAUGAGACUAUUGUCGAGAUCACGAUUUCAGAUUUAUUCUUUGUCCACCAUCGAGGAAGUAUGAACGGUCUGUACAUGGCCAUGGUUAUGUUCGGGAGCUUCUUGACACCUAUGGCCGCUGGAACGCAGGCCACCGCAGAGGGAUGGCGUUGGUGUUAUGUAACAAUGGGCAGUUUCAACGCUUUUUUCCUCCUCCUGUUUCUCUUCUGCUAUGAAGAGACCAAAUAUGUCCCUCUUCUUAAUGGGCAAGCUCGAGUCGGUCCUGAUACUGAAGAUGAUCUUUCUGCUCCUGUCGAUCCGGAUCAGAAAUCUGCGGCGCAGUCGGACACAAAGGCCGCACUUCCAGUCGAGCCAAGCACUCUCCAUCAUGACUUGGAUCUCAGUAUCCCAGUUAAUUCCUGGCGGAAGCGUCUCGCCUUGUGGACUCCCACUCCAGAACCCAUCUGGCCCUAUUUCUACCGCCCCUUCUACGUAUUGUUCAACUUCCCAACAGUGCUCUUUACCGGACUCCAGUAUGCCUCUGGCGUAGUCUGGCUGACCAUCACUGCAAACGUGCUGUCUCUUGUCUUCCCGCUGCCCCCAUAUAACUUCACACCUGAGCAGAUUGGGUUCUUGAGCCUUGGUCCUUUCAUUGGAAAUCUCAUCGGCGUCUUUUACGGUGGACUGCUUGGGGACCGCUCUAUUCUCUACUUCUCUCGGCGGAAUAAAGGUUUCUAUGAGCCGGAGAUGCGAUUAUAUAUUCUGCACUUCCCUGCGCUGUUAAUGGCGGGGGGUUUGAUGAUGUUCGGUUUGACUUUAUAUCGGGGUAUGCAUUGGAUCUAUCCUAGCGUUGCUGGAGCCUUCUUCGGAUUUGGACUCGGCAGUAUUGGCGACGCUAGUUUGACUCUGGUCAUUGACAGUUAUCGUGAUAUCACUGGUGAUGCAUUUACCGGAAUAGCAUUCCUCCGGAAUGCCAUCAGCAUUGGAAUUCCAUUUGCUAUAACUCCAUGGAUGGAGCGCGACGGUCUUCAAAACAUGUUCAUCGCCUGUGGAUUUAUCAGUUUCGGCAUCUCGCUGCUCAUUAUUCCUAUGGUGUUCUACGGGAAGAAGUCUCGUCGUGGUAUGGCUGCACGAUACUAUCGCCUUGUGGAGCAGCAGGGAAAUAAUCAUGUGGGGUGA